AUGCCUAGAGUUGCUCCUGGCCAAAGAAAACGGGCCUAUAGACCGAAGACCAAGACGGGGUGUGCGACAUUCCGGAGAGUGAAAUGUGACGAGGGACGACCAUCAUGUCAACGAUGUGUAUCCACCGGCCGAAAAUGUGACGGCUAUGCUGAAGAGUCCAGUGACUCUCCUGCAAGCUCCAAUUCCGAUUACAACGAUUACGAAACAAGUACUGCACUUAUACAAUCACCCUCGUCUUCAGUAAUUCUCACUUCUGAUCGAGAGCGAGAGGCUUUUCACUUCUUUGUUAAUAUGACGGCUCCCAUGAUGGGUGGUUUUGGUAAGGAAAGCUGUUGGUCAGAAAUGAUUCCUCAAGCUGCACAUCACGAGCCUUCCAUUCGUCAUGCGGUUAUUGCAUUGGGAGCCCUGCAUCACAGCAAAGAAAGGAGUUCUCGUUCUACUUCCUCGAAUAAGCUGUUUUCUUCUGCCGAAGAACAAUUCCCCCUUUUAGAGUACAAUCGAGCCAUUAAAUGCUUGGUGGAACCAUUUGCAAAGAAGGAGCGACAGGCUAUGGGUGUGAGUCUAAUCAAUUGCGUUUUAUUUUCUGCUUUUGAGAUGAUGCAAGGUAAUUAUGGCCAUGGAGCCGCACAUCAGGAAAGUGGUAGUAAGAUACUUUGCGAGAUCACGUAUGAUGAAAAUUCUCAGAGAUACUAUCAUGAUUCGCUCGAGACUUCCAGCUACCCAUACUUGCCGAUGUCACUUCUUGAAGAAUUAUAUCUGCGCUCAGAUUUUGUUCUUACACAAAUGAUCGACAUUUUCGACCAAUCCCUCUACAACAAGUUCAAGAGCUCUCACUUCACAGCACACCCUCCAGCGAUAUUCACUUCUCUUUCCCAGGCUCGCAACUCGCUCCAUUUCUUCUGGUCUCGUUUCCGGAUCGAUCUCUAUAAGCUCAACUGCCAACCGGACUCCCCGGAACUCAACCAGCGCGCUGCAAUUCUACAAAUACAAAGCCAUUGCGGAUAUAUGAAUGCGCAUGUACCGCGCGGCGUCAAAGAUAACCAAAUGUUAUGGGACCCGUUUUUGUCCGUUUUUGAGAAAAUCAUCGUGUUAUCAGAAGAGGUCAUUUCCAAUCCUGCAUUCGCCACGACCGUUUUCCAAAUAGAUAUGGGUAUCAUCGGACCUCUCUAUCAAGUCGUAAGCGUAUGUCGCCACCCGAUCGUAAGGAGGAAAGCCAUUGCCUUAUUGGAACGCGUGCCCAGUCUUCAAGAAGGAAUCUGGAAUGCUGGUAUGACGGCAAGAGUUGGGAGGAGGGUAAUAGAACUUGAGGAGUAUGGGAUAGAAGAUGUGAGGGAAGCAGCCGAUAUUCCAGAUUGGGCGAGAGUUAGUGAUGUGGAACCUCAAUUCGAGAAGGAUGGAAGACGAGUGACACUGACGUACAAUAGAAGCGACAGUGCAGGGGGGCCUUUAGUUAGGAACAAAAUCACGGAAAUUUUUGAAUGGUAG